CGUGACGUCACCCCUGGCGUCAGGAGUUCCGCAUCGCCAUGUUGGUUUUGUAACAGCAGUGAGUAAGGUGUGGAUGGGUCAUCAUAAUUUCAAGCAGGACUCUCUGAUGAAGGUGAACAAUUGCGUCUGGAGGUGAGUCUGGGACCUCAGGUAGCAGACCAUGUUGGCACGUCUGUUUAGACUGCAUGGCCUGCUGGUGGCCUCCCACCCUUGGGAGGUGAUAGUGGGCACCAUUGCCUUCACCGUCUGUCUCAUGUCUAUGAACAGCUUGGCAGCCAGCAGCCAGAUGUGCAGCUGGAAUGAGUGUCCCAAGCUCCCGGAGAAAAUUUUGAGCAGUGACAUCAUCAUCUUGACGGUCACACGCUGCAUGGCUAUCGUAUACAUCUAUUUCCAGUUCAAGAACCUCCGCCAACUGGGCUCCAAGUACAUACUGGGUAUUGCCGGUCUCUUUACAGUAUUCUCCAGCUUUGUGUUCAGUACAGUGGUCAUUCACUUCUUUGGGAAAGAGCUGACGGGCCUCAAUGAAGCUCUACCGUUCUUCCUCCUGCUUAUUGACCUGUCCAAAGCUUGUGCUCUGGCCAAAUUUGCCCUCAGCUCAAACUCUCAGGAGGAGGUGAGGGAGAACAUCUCUCAGGGCAUGGCCAUCCUGGGCCCCACUUUCACCCUCGAUGCUCUGGUCGAGUGCCUGGUCAUUGGGGUGGGCACCAUGUCAGGUGUGCCCCAGUUAGAGAUCAUGUGUUGUUUCGGCUGUAUGUCUGUCCUGGCCAACUAUUUUGUCUUCAUGACCUUCUUUCCUGCUUGUGUCUCCCUGGUACUGGAGCUGUCCAGGGAAAACCGCGAGGGCCGUCCUAUCUGGCAGCUGGGCCACUUUGCGCGAGUGCUAGCUGAAGAAGAGGACAACAAGCCUAACCCCGUAACCCAGAGGGUCAAGAUCAUCAUGUCUCUGGGCCUGGUCCUAGUUUAUGCCCAUACUCGACUAGCAACUGAGCAGCCAGGUCAGAAUCGCACGGUGGAAGGGCCCAUAGCCAAAAGACUGGACUCUGGUGGUACCAUGUGGCCCAUGCAGCUCACCAGUAUGGACUUGGAGCAGGUGUUAACCUUGGGCCUGGCUCUGCUCCUGGCUGUGAAGUAUGUCUUCUUCGAGCAAACGGAGACCGAGUCCUCCUUGUCUCUUAAGAGUCCCAUCAUCAGCUCCCCUCCCACCCUGAAGCACAGGGCAGUCCAGGACUGCUGCAGGAGGGACAUGCCAGCACCCAGACAACUGAAGACCACAAGCAGCACCGCAGCACCCAACACUACCUCUGCCGCUGUCUCCAACACUAAAUUUGCCCCUGAAGCUGACAUUGCCUCCAAAAGGAAGGUGGUUCAUCCUGUGGUUAGCUCGGUGGACAAUGGCCCCUGUGUUUCAUGUGUAGGGGAUUCUCUUGCCGAUGCAUGCUCUGUUCCUGAACCAACGCCCCCUGCAGAGCCCCGGAAGCUGGAUGAAUGUAUGGCCAUCCUCACAGAUCCUGAGAGGGGUGCUCGAUGCCUCAGCGAUGCAGAGGUGAUGCAGCUUGUGGCCUCACGCAACAUCCUGACCCAUAAGCUGGAGGCUGUCUUGGAGUCUCCUGAGCGUGGAGUGAAUAUCAGGAGGGAAAUGUUGUCAUCCAAACUGCCUGUUCCCUCUGCCUUGGCUUGUCUUCCUUAUAAGGACUAUGACUAUUCUAAGGUGAUGGGAACUUGCUGUGAGAAUGUCAUUGGCUACAUGCCGGUACCGGUAGGAGUGGCUGGUCCUCUUCUUUUGGAUGGGAAACAGUUUUAUAUUCCUUUGGCAACCACAGAGGGCUGUCUGGUAGCCAGCACUAACAGAGGAUGCAGGGCCAUCGCUCUGAGCGGUGGCUGCAGCAGCAGGGUCCUAGCUGAUGGUAUGACCAGGGGUCCUGUGGUGAGGCUGCCUUCUGCGUGCCGGGCAGCAGAGGUCAAAACCUGGCUUGAGAGCUCGGAUGGCUUCAGCAUUAUCAAGGAGGCCUUUGACCAUACUAGCAGGUUUGCUCGUCUGGAGAAGCUUUUGAUCAGUUUAGCUGGGAGGAAUCUGUACAUCCGCUUCCAGUCGCAGACAGGAGACGCCAUGGGCAUGAACAUGCUCUCCAAGGGCACUGAGCAGGCUGUGCACAGAAUCCAGGAGCAGUAUCCGGAGAUGGAGGUGCUGUCUGUCAGUGGGAACUACUGUACCGACAAAAAGCCUGCUGCUAUAAACUGGAUCCUGGGCCGGGGCAAGUCUGCUGUGUGUGAGGCCACCAUCCCUGCCAAGGUGGUCCAGGAGGUGCUGAAGAGCAGCACAGCUGCUCUGGUGGAGCUGAACAUUAACAAGAACUUGGUGGGCUCGGCCAUGGCGGGCAGUAUUGGGGGCUUUAAUGCUCAUGCUGCCAACAUUGUAGCAGCUAUGUACAUCGCCUGUGGACAGGACCCGGCACAGACAGUGAGCAGCUCGAGCUGUAUAACUCAGAUGGAGCCCGCUGGUCCUGAGGGACAGGACCUGUACAUCAGCUGCACCAUGCCCUCCAUAGAGCUGGGCACCGUGGGAGGAGGCACCAACCUGCGGCCACAGCAGGCCUGUCUGCAGAUGCUUGGUGUCCAAGGUACCAGCCCCACCCAGCCCGGUGAGAACGCCCGCCAGCUGGCCAGCGUGGUCUGUGGCACCGUCCUGGCAGGGGAACUCUCCCUAAUGGCUGCUCUAGCUGCUGGGCACCUUGUCCAGAGCCACAUGACCCAUAACAGAUCUAAAGCCAAAUUGUCAGAAAUGUCGUCGCAGUCGAAGAAAGCAGCAUGACAAAAGGCGUUGAUGCUGCUUGCAGAACUUGCAGUGCAUCCUGGGAGGCAGUGAAUGAGGACUCCUGGCGACAGUCUGAUUGCUCCAGCUAACAACAGGAAACCUCACCAUGUGAAGCGAGAGACAGUUCAGGGGACUCUUGAUGAAAUGGUUUGAACAGAGUACUUUGGGUCCUGGACACCAGGAGGUCAGGGCUGGUCUGCUGGAUCCAACCUACGGUACAGACUACAGCCAAUGUGCACUUGCUUCAGGUGUGUUACCUAACUGAUUGUAAAAAAAAAAACAAACAAACAAACAAAAAGAAAGAAAACCUUCUGGUUUUGGUUUUAACACUGCAGUUAUAAUUUUGGUGGAUUACUUAUUUGUGCCAUGUGUCUGCAUUUGGACAUUGUGAUAGUGUGACAAAGUUAACAUUUUGAGACGGCCUUCGCUGUAGUUUGCACUGAUUUCUUUCAAAAGAAAGAAAGACAGCUCUCACACACUACAAGAUGGAAGAAUGCAAAUGCCUAAUAUUACUUUUAGUACAUGGCAGCAGAUAUAUAACAGCUGUUUGGGCAUCAAGCCAUCGUCAGUGCUCUUCCAGACAACUGAAUCAUAAGUAAUCCUCUGCCUCUAACAGUCCUGCAAGACCGGUGGCAAAAACCCUUUUAUAUCACACAAUGGAUAGACAGCGUACUCGCAGAUUCAUCAAUGUAAAUGUGUGGGGAGAAGUCUUAAGACUGCUACAUCCGUUAAUUGCUCUCUGAGUAAGUAGUUGAACUUGCCAAAACGUUGCUUGUGAGGCCACAGUUACUGAAAUUUAUUCAACUUUGAGUUCAAAAUGGGAAUUAUCUUUGAUUUUAUGUUUUGUACUAUAUCAGUGUUGGAGCCUAAAUACACUGGGAUGCCACUAGCACAACCCUUUUUUCAAAACUGAGGUGCUGGUAAUACUGUAUGAAUAAUUAUGGCUUAAAGUGAAGAAUUAUGAAGUAGAAAAGGACACCUAGCAUUGUAACUGCACUGGUACUGUCACUUUGUCACAAAGUUUUUUUUUUUUGUUUUUUUUUUUCAUCAAUGCCUGUUUUUCCAAAAGGAGUUGACUUUGACCAACCCACUAUAGAUGGAAAAUAAUUGUAUUUGUGUGAAAGGCAGAUUGCCUCUGACUAUUUUGAGCACUGAGGAACAUGAAACUUAAAGCCAUAACAGUUAGCUCAAUUAACUUUUCUCCCCAUCGAUGUUCACAUGUUGAACUGAGAGAUUGCUGGUAUUCUAGAAGUGGCGUUCACAUAGGAUAGGAUGGGAUUUAGGCUUCACUGGCUACAAACCGGCUGUCAUGAAUAUGUGUCAGUAUUUGUUUGGCAAUGAAGAAGCUCACAAGUGGCCUUAUUCAAUAGAAUGUGAAGAAGCCAAGCCUUAGCAUGUUAGGAUACCCGGUUGUAAUUUUAAUGUCCAAAGUAUUAUGUUUAUUUAAGAAAAUAAAUGUCAUAUGUUCCCAUUCAAA